GGAAGGAGGCAGGCGGCCCGGAACGAGGGGAAAGUUGCCGGGAGAAGCGAGGGGCGAGCGGAGCGGCAGGACCAUGGGCACUUUGCGGGAUUUACAGUACGCGCUGCAGGAGAAGAUCGAGGAGCUGCGGCAGCGGGAUGCGCUCAUCGACGAGCUGGAGCUGGAGUUGGAUCAGAAGGACGAGCUGAUCCAGAAGCUGCAGAACGAGCUGGACAAGUACCGCUCGGUGAUCCGGCCCGCCACCCAGCAGGCGCAGCAGCAGAGCGCCGGCACCUUGCAGGGCGAGCAGAGGACCAAGCGGCAGGCGAUCUCGGCCGAGCCCACUGCCUUUGACAUCCAGGACCUCAGCCACGUCACCCUCCCCUUCUACCCCAAGAGUCCACAGUCCAAAGAGCUCAUAAAGGAAGCAAUCCUUGACAAUGACUUCAUGAAGAACCUGGAACUGUCCCAGAUCCAGGAGAUUGUGGAUUGUAUGUAUCCCGUGGAGUAUGGCAAAGACAGCUGCAUCAUCAAGGAGGGAGAUGUGGGUUCCCUGGUGUAUGUCAUGGAAGAUGGGAAGGUUGAAGUGACCAAAGAAGGCGUGAAGCUGUGCACCAUGGGGCCUGGCAAGGUCUUUGGGGAGUUAGCCAUCCUCUACAACUGCACCCGGACAGCCACUGUCAAAACUCUCGUAAAUGUGAAACUUUGGGCUAUUGAUCGGCAAUGUUUUCAAACAAUAAUGAUGAGGACAGGCCUCAUCAAGCACACUGAGUAUAUGGAGUUUUUGAAAAGUGUUCCCACAUUCCAGAGCCUUCCAGAGGAGAUACUCAGUAAGCUUGCAGAUGUCCUGGAAGAGACUCACUAUGAGAGCGGGGAGUACAUCAUCCGACAAGGGGCUCGGGGGGACACCUUCUUCAUCAUCAGCAAAGGCAAGGUGAAUGUGACUCGUGAAGACUCCCCCAGUGAAGAUCCUGUCUUCCUCCGUACCCUCAGCAAGGGAGAUUGGUUUGGAGAGAAAGCUCUUCAGGGGGAGGACGUGAGGACAGCCAACGUCAUUGCAGCUGAAGCAGUCACUUGUCUGGUGAUAGACAGAGACUCCUUCAAACAUCUGAUUGGUGGCCUGGAUGAUGUUUCCAACAAGGCCUAUGAGGAUGCAGAAGCAAAAGCAAAAUACGAGGCCGAAGCUGCCUUCUUUGCCAACCUGAAGCUGUCUGACUUCAACAUCAUCGACACCCUUGGAGUCGGAGGGUUUGGACGAGUGGAGCUGGUGCAGCUGAAGAGUGAGGAGUCCAAGACCUUUGCCAUGAAGAUCCUGAAGAAGCGGCACAUCGUGGACACGCGGCAGCAGGAGCACAUCCGCUCCGAGAAGCAGAUCAUGCAGAGCGCUCACUCCGACUUCAUCGUCAGGCUCUACAGGACCUUCAAGGACAGCAAGUACCUGUACAUGCUGAUGGAAGCCUGUCUGGGUGGAGAGCUCUGGACAAUUCUCAGGGACAGAGGUUCCUUUGAGGACUCCACCACCAGGUUUUACACGGCGUGUGUGGUGGAAGCCUUCGCCUAUCUGCAUUCCAAAGGGAUCAUCUACAGGGACCUCAAGCCAGAAAACCUCAUUCUGGAUCACAGAGGUUAUGCCAAACUGGUCGAUUUUGGCUUUGCAAAGAAAAUAGGAUUUGGAAAGAAAACAUGGACUUUUUGUGGGACCCCGGAGUAUGUGGCCCCUGAGAUCAUCCUGAACAAAGGUCAUGAGAUUUCAGCAGACUACUGGUCACUGGGAAUCCUAAUGUAUGAGCUCCUGACUGGCAGUCCUCCUUUCUCAGGCCCAGACCCCAUGAAGACCUACAACAUCAUCCUGAGGGGAAUAGACAUGAUUGAAUUUCCAAAGAAGAUUGCCAAAAAUGCUGCUAAUCUAAUCAAAAAACUAUGCAGGGACAAUCCAUCAGAAAGAUUAGGGAACCUGAAGAAUGGAGUGAAGGACAUCCAAAAGCACAAAUGGUUUGAAGGCUUUAACUGGGAAGGGUUACGCAAAGGGACGCUGACACCUCCCAUAAUACCAAGUGUUGCAUCUCCAACAGACACAAGCAAUUUCGACAGCUUCCCGGAGGACAGUGAUGAGCCACCCCCUGAUGACAACUCAGGAUGGGACAUAGAUUUUUAGUGUCUUUCUCUUUACCUGCUUCUGCCUUGCUGAGGACAGCUGCCUGGGACUGGGCUGCCAGCCAAACCGAAAGCGCCGGGGAGGAGUCGUGCUCGGGGUCACCGUGAUGCCUUGAUCGAUGCUGCUACAGUAACUCCAGUGGCAUUAGGACUUCUUGCUUAGAUGAUAACAGUGCUCUUCAUGUUCUCUCUUCCAAACUGAACUAGCAGUGGAUGUGGUUGGUCCUGACACAAAGCCUUUCACCAGUUUCCUAUCGCUGCGACGACCUUGCUAGGCUCCAAAUCAUCCAAGUGGAGAGAUAACCUCUACUGAAAGAAGCACUUAACCCUAGCUGCCAGCUGCUGGCUUUAUCAAGUAGGAUCAGUAGUGAUUUACCAAGUGCUGUAGCUAAUGACAGUGCAGGAGUUGGGCUACUCCCAGCCUCCAAACCCCACAGAUCUCCUGCUGGAGGCCAGUGGAGGAGCAAAUGAGGAGUGCAACAGGUCAAAGAGUUGAUGUCACAGCAAGGGUAAAAUUGGUCCUUCUUUUUCUUUCCCCCCCUUUCUGAGCAGUGUUAGUGACAAGGCUGAGUGUCACCUUCCCUCUUUGCCUGGGAGAAUUCUCUUCUAGCCUGGUCAAACAAAAGCACAACUGCUCUCCGUCCUGCUGAGGUAGAUCUGGGCUCACUUCUAACAGCCGAGAGACCAUCCUCUCACAUGACAUCUUGGGGUUGUUUCUGGGUUUGUUUGUUGGGUUUGUUACUUUUUUCCCCCCCCUCCUUUCCCUUGGUACAAAACCCAUAACUGCAUGAAGAAGGAACUCAUCAAAUCAACUCAUUCCACAGAGAAACCAUUGCUCGAACGAUGCUCCUGUGACUAACGCCACAGCAGCCUCCUGGGCUUCUUGAUUUGCUGGCAAGGCCUAAACCCAAGCUUAAUGUUGACCUUUUGGAACCCCCAAGGUAAACACCAGACCCAUCUUGUACUGUAUAGGUGCUAUGGACAUCCCCUCCUCAGGCUGUGCAGCAUCACUCCACCACUGGGGUCGGGAGCAGGUAGCAGGAGGCAUCGUUCUCCAUCACCUUCUUAGAGGAUUUGAUGCUUCCAUUUCUGCAUCUCUUCCACGUUCAGGACAAAGUGAACGAAGACAAAAGGUGGUUCUGGGCCAGUUUGGUGGCUCCUUUUGUAGUAGCAUCCUAAAAUCAGAAUCCUGAUGCCAGAAUAGGGAGCUCCAUAGGAGAUGUCCCUGUAGGGACAGGCUGGAAGAGUUGGGGCUGUUGAGGAUGGAGAAGAGAAGGCUCCAGGCAGAUUUUAGAGCUGCCUUCCAGUACCUGAAGGGCCUGUGGGAGAGCUAAGGAGGGACUUUGGACAAGGGCUGGGAGUGCCAGGAUGAGGGACAAUGGCUUUGAGCUGGGAGAGGGGAGACUGAGAGUGAGAGCCAAGGAGAGACUUCUGACAAGGGCUGAGAGUGCCAGGACGAGGUACAGUGGCUUUGAGUUGGGAGAGGGGAAACAGAGUGGAGAUGAGGAAGAAAUUGUUGAGACUAAGGGUGGGGAGACACUGGCACAGGUUGCCCAGGGAGGCUGUGGCUGUCCCCUCCCUGGAGGUGCUGAAGGCCAGGCUGGAUGAGGCCUUGAGCAACUUGGGGUAGUUGAGAGGUGUCCUUGCCCAUGGCAGGGGGCUGGAUUAGAUGAUCUCUAAGGUCCAGCCCAAGCCAUUCUAUGAUUUUAUGAUAUAAAAAAAAAACCAAAACCCCACAAAAAAACAGGCAGGGAGGUGUCCUACCCAUGGCAGGGGGUUGGAACUGGAUGAUCUUGAAGGUCCCUUCCAACUCAACUCAUUCAGUGAGCCUGGGGAAGUCAGUGGAGCUAACUGCCCAGACUGCUUCUGGAUGUGGCCCUGUCCCAGUGACUCUGUGUGAGGCACAGAGGCAGCUGGAUUGGAGCCAGCUCCUGGGAGGGAAAGAGCUGCAGCAAACAAGCUCAUCACAGGUGCACUUCUUUCUGCUGCUUUUCCUUUGCCUGAGUGCAGUCUCUGCAGCCCUAACAGAGGAAUCCCUGCCCUGGAUGCCUCUUUGUUACAUGGGAAUAGAAGUUUCUCCCAUCACACCAACAAGACACUUCAGCUUUCAGGCUCCACAAGCCUCAACAAUGAGCAGUGGCUGCUUUGUUUCAUCCCUCAGAGCAGCCAAGAGCUGUUGUGUGCCCUGGAAGGAACAAGAUCAGCUUGUGCUGAGAAGUCAUCCUCUGGCUUUUGCCUACAAAUACACAGAAAAUGCAUAUUUAGCAGUAAAAAUGUUGUCCUGAGGCUAAACCCCAACUUUUAUCCCUCCUGUUCAUAAUGAAAGUGAUUUAAUAGAGAUAUUAAGAAGGCUUUUCCCUCCCUUCCUGUGACAGCAUUGAUGAUAGCUGCUGUUUGCCAGAGCUUGGUCAUCACCACACCUUUGAAACCAGUCAGUGGCUGCUGAAUUUCCCUCCUCAUUUCCCCAUGGAUGAGGCAACACUGUUGCAGAGUCACUUGAGGUUAUUUCCACUGUUCAUUCUUCAUCAAACCCCUUUUUGUCCUCAAAAGCAGAAGGAAAAGACUUGUGGGGGGGAUUGCUUGUGUAAGGCAAACACAGACUGGCUCCUCAGCUGCCUUCUGAGGGAUGAAAGGUGCUGAAAGUCAGUGCUAGGGCUCAGAUGACCACUGGGCAGCUCAGCAGAUAGGCUCAGAGACAGGUUCACAGGGUCACAGGAUAUAGGGGGUGAAAGGGACCCAAGGAGAUCAUUGAGACCAACCCUCCUGCCAGAGCAGGACAAUCCUAUCUAACACAAAUCACAGAGGAACACAUCCAGACAGGCCUUGAAAGGCUCCAGAGAAGGAUAUUCCACAACCUCUCUGGGCAGCCUGUGCCAGUGCUCUGGGACCAUUACAGUAAAGAAGUUCCCCCUUGUGUUGAGCUGGAACCUCCUGUGCUGCAGUUUCCACUCACUGCUCCUUGUCCUAUCCCAGGGAGCAGU